UCUCGAGACGGUGGAGUCGUGUCAAGUGUCAAAAUGAUAUUGAUUUUGGUAUUUUUGAUUGGCUGUGCCAUAACAUGCUGCCAAGAACCGAAGCCACUAAAUUUUCCGCUACAGGGCGUAAAACUGGAGGACAGGGGCAAACCAGUGUUCGAAUUCGAAGGGAUCGACUACGACAAUUUGCCGACGAAAUUAAAAGACAUGUACACCGACUGUGAAGCCCAGAAUAUAAAGUGUAUAAGGCACCAGGUUGCUCUGACGCCAGUAUGCGCUGUCAAUUACUACGGAUACUGGAGGGAUUUUAACAACAUCUGCGAGUUCCAUCGACAGAACUGCUUCUACUUUCGCGAUAAAGGAAUGAGCAAAUUUGGCAAUGACAUCGAUAGCGGUUGGCUGUUUCUACAAGGUGAAGGACUCAGUUGUAGUCAUGAGUUCCGACGCCUAAAAGACAGUGGAUUGUUGAAGGUAUACCUGGAUGUCCAAAGAACAGCGUAGUGCCUGCAACAAGACAGAUAGUAGUUAAAAAAAGAUUCAAAUUAUAAGGCAAAAACAUACGGGGCAGCUCACACCAAAACAAGACUGCCGCAGCGAAAAGACAACGGUUUUGUCAUCGCAACUUUGUGUAACUGACCUUAACAUAAGAACAUUUUGUUACCAUACGCACCGAAACGAGACCUCGUUUGUGAGAAUGUCCGCAAUGCAGCGUUGCGUCAUGUAUCGUCGCAGUGUAACUUGACCCUAAUAAACGUGUAACAAAAUGGCUUCCGACAUGGUAUUAACAAUUUAUUCUAAAUGUGUUUUCAUUACGCCAAGAUAAAUUGCGAAGAGGCCGCCAUUGAAAUACGUUCCUUUUGUCCCUUUGUUUUUGGUCCGUAA